AUGCGUUCUUCUCUCGUUAUGCUCGCCGGUCUGGCGGGCGCGGCUCUCGCCUACCCUACCGACAAGGUCGUGGAGCCCCGUACCUUGGGUCUCCUCGGUGAGAUCCUCGGUGACAUCACUGUCGACGUGACUUCGAUCCUCGGUGCCGUCCUCGGUGGCCACUCCUCCCACUCCUCGGUUGAACUUCUUGCUGGUCUGAGCGCUGAAGGUGCUGCCGCUCUCUCCGGUGGUGCUCUUGGCUGCAAGUCCGGCGUCAUCCACCACAAGGCUAAGGCCGCCCUCAAACUUUGGUUGCUCUUCCACGCCCACCUGGAUGUCUCUCUCAAGAAGUCCCUGAUCUCCUGGUGUGAGGGUAACGACGAGCUCGUCCUCUCCGAAGACAUCCUGGCUGCUCUGUCCGUCUACAUCCCCGGAUGUGCCGAUAUCGCUGCCCAGGGCCAGCUUUACGUGACCGUUGACGGUAUCUUUGAGGCUGCCAACCUCGAGUCCGCUCUCGUCCUGAGUGCUAGUGCUCAGUCUUCCCUUUCCGCUUGGAUUGAGGCUAGACUGGAUCUUGAUCUCGGUGUCAAGGUUGGUCUGAAUGUCUGCGCCGCUGGCGGUGUUGUCGGCAGUCUGGCAGCUGAUAUCAAGGCUUCCCUCCUCGCCUGGAUCAACAGCAAGGAGUGUGACCUCAGCGCUCACCUCAAGGUCUCGGUUCUUGCCUGGAUCAAUGGUCACGCCGGUGGUGACCUUGUUGAGAUUGGUGCUCUUGCUGACACUGCUCUCUCCACCAUCUCCGUUGGUGCUUCCGUCGGUGUACACGUUCUGGAGUCCGGCCUUCUGUCCGUUGGCGGCCAGGCCACUCUCGCCGCCUUCCUGGGCGUUGAUCUCGCUGCUGGUCUCUCUACUGAUGUCAAGCUCGCUCUCGAGGCAUGCGCCAAGGGUGAACUCGCCACCGCCGUCGAACUCGACAUCCGCACCAAGCUCGCCAUCUGGCUCCACAGCUCCGACUGCUCUCUGGGCGUUGAGCUGAAGGCUGUCGUCCUUCUUUGGCUGUCCUUCGCUGUCGAGACUGAUGUCUCCGCUUCCCUCGACCUGGUCGGUGGCCUCGUCGGCGAUGUCACCGGUCUCCUGACCGACACCCUCUCCGGUCUCAGCGUUGACCUCCGUGGUGCCCUUUCCCUCUGCGCUGCCGGCGGUAGCUUGCUUGACCUGAGCCUCGCUGCCCGUGCUGAGCUCGCUGCCUUCCUCAGUGGCUGCACUUCCAUUGACAUCGAUGUCUCCAUCGAGAUCAUCAUCAUCCAGUGGUUCACCGGCUGCAGCAUCCCCGGUGCUCCCUCCGUCCCCGCUUCGUCUUCCGUUCCCAGCCUGCCCUCCAGCACCCCCCACCUGCCCGGCACCUCCGCUGUGCCUUCCGGUCCCGGUGCCUCCGUCUCCGUCUCCGCCUCUACUCCCGCCGGCACCCCGGUUCCCAGCGUUCCCGGUGCCAGCACCACCCCCUGUGAUACCGAGACCUCGCAGAUUGUCAGCUCUACCGUCAUCCCCGGCCCCAACGGCUCCGGCUCCGUCACUGUCGCUGUGCCUGCCGUGCCCACCGGCACCGCCCCUGCCGAGACUCCCUCCGGCGUUGCUCCCACCGGUACUCCUGUCUCUGGUGUUCCCGGUGCCAGCACCACCCCUUGUGACACCGAGACCUCGGAGGUUGUCAGCUCUACUGUGAUCCCCGGUGGCCCCAAUGAGUCUGGCUCCCAGACCGUUGACGUCCCUGCCGUGCCCACUGGCACCGCCCCCGCCGAGACCCCCUCCGGCGUCGCUCCCACCGGUACUCCUGUCGCCAGCGUUCCCGGUGCUAGCACUACCCCCUGUGACACCGAGACCUCGGAGAUUGUCAGCUCUACUGUGAUCCCCGGUGGCCCCAAUGAGUCUGGCUCCCAGACCGUUGACGUCCCUGCCGUGCCCACUGGCACCGCCCCCGCCGAGACUCCCUCCGGCGUCGCUCCCACCGGUACUCCUGUCGCCAGCGUUCCCGGUGCUAGCACUACCCCCUGUGACACCGAGACCUCGGAGAUCGUUAGCUCUACUGUGAUCCCCGGUGGCCCCAACGAGUCUGGCUCCUCCCAGACCGUUAACGUCCCUGCCGUGCCCACUGGCACCGCCCCCGCCGAGACUCCCUCCGGCGUUGCUCCCACCGGUACUACUGUCGCUGGUGUUCCCGGUGCCAGCACCACCCCUUGCGACACCGAGACCUCCGCGAUCGUCAGCUCAACUGUGAUCCCCGGUGGCCCUAACGAGUCCGGCUCCCAGACCGUUAACGUUCCUGCCGUGCCUACCGGCACCGCCCCCGCCGAGACCCCCUCCGGCGUUGCUCCCACCGGUACUCCUGUCGCUGGUGUUCCCGGUGCCAGCACCACUCCCUGCGACACCGAGACCUCCGCCAUCGUCACCUCGACUGUCAUCCCCGGUGGCCCUGCUCCCUCCGGCCCUGCUCCUACCAGCGCCCCCAGCGUGCCCUCCGGUGGUAGCGAGGUUGUCACCGUCACUGAGACUGUGACCGCCACCGUCUGCGGCUGCGAGUAA